CAAACAUGCAAGGUCAUGAGAACCUGGGAGACAAAUUCUCCAUGUCCCCAUAAGGGCAGCUCCUAUUGAUUUACACAUUUUUAGCAGUAGAUGUAGACUACAGCUCAGGCAUGAAAAAAUUAUACAGUGCAAUGGCCCUUUAAAACUUCUGACAAAAGCCCAUAUGAUCCCCGAGCUCCAAUCACCAAAUUCCUACUGCAAAAGCAGCCUCUGCAUUUUUGUCUGUCUGAAUGCUGCUAGCACGGCGGAAAAAACAGUGAGGGGAAGGAAAACUGAAGAAAUGUGAAAAUCCAAUGUACUGUUACAUGGAGAGCGGAAGUCCUGCGCAAAUGGAGUUAAUCACGGAGUGCUAUGCUAGAGACCCCGGAUCAAAAUGAGGAGAGGACUGCUGCUGAGUUCUUUCUGCUGGAGGAUGCAGCGCUGCACUUCACUUGUUUAAUGGACAGGCAUCUCUACCAGCCUGAACGCCGUGGACCUCGUGCUGGUGUCCCACCGUACCUUUUCCUCCCAGAAGGACGUGCUGGGUGACCAUACCCCCUACAUCCAGGCCCUCCUCUUCCAGAGUCAACCACCGCACCGCAUAAACCUGGUCUUCCAGGUGCUGAGUAUCCAAAUCCUUAACUUCAUCUAUAUUUCCAUCUUUGAAAUCCUACAGGUGGCCAUUGUGCUCCAAAUGAGUUCCUGCCACGAGCUGCUUGGGUCCAAUGAGAUGGCAGACACAGACAGGCGAGGCAAUGCCUCCAGUCAGAUGUACAAGAUGAAGGAGCUUGAGAAGAUGUACACACAACAAGGAAAUGGAACAUUCUCAUUGCUUGUAGAGGGCAGUGGGGUCAGUAGGGAAGUUACGCAAACACACUCAUCUAGCGUCUACACCAGCCCACAAACCAAACACUUCUACAAAAAAGAUGACAGUGGAGGGGGAGUGGCUAGUGGAGGAGGGCGGAGCUUAUGCCCAAUAGAGGGAGGAGCUGGUCUAAAUGAAGCGUGCUCCCAGGAUAGUUCAGUCUCCUUUAACAGACAGCAGAUUAUCGUGGAGGUCAAUCUCAAUAACCAGACUUUGAAUGUUUCUAAAGGGUCUGACGCCAAGGGCGUCAUCUCAAGUACCUCAUCCCUCCUCGCCAGUGUGGUGGAGGGUAAGGAACAGGAUGAUAAUGAAGUUGUUGGUGAGCACGAAGAAGAAGAGUAUGAACACAGAAAGCAAGGGAUUGAAAAUUGCAGCGAUGACGAAGACGAUGAGGAUGAAGAAGAGAAUAAUCAUGACAUUCCAGAAACAGGAUGCACCAGCGUGGAAAGACGGAAUGCCGUGGACACCAUCGCCAGACAGACGCUAAAUGACACGGCACUACGGGAGGGGGGGAAGAGGAGUAAAGACCAGGAGAGUCUGGGACAGAAGGUGAAGCUCGAAGAAAAGCAGCACUUUUCCUGCAAGAAGUGCCCUCGUGUUUUCAACAACCGCUGGUACUUGGAGAAGCACAUGAACGUCACCCACAACCGCAUGCAGAUCUGCAAUAAAUGCGGCAAGCGCUUUUUACUUGAGAGCGAGUUGCUGCUACACCAUCAGACAAACUGUGAGAAAAACAUACAGUGCGUGACUUGUGGAAAAGCUUUUAAAAAGCUGUGGUCUUUACACGAACACAACAAGAUUGUCCACGGAUAUGCUGAGAAAAAGUUCUCUUGUGAAAUCUGCGAAAAGAAGUUCUACACCAUGGCACAUGUCCGGAAGCACAUGGUUGCUCACACAAAGGACAUGCCAUUCACUUGCGAAACGUGUGGGAAGUCCUUCAAACGCAGCAUGUCUCUUAAAGUGCACUCUCUGCAGCAUUCUGGAGAAAAGCCCUUCAAGUGUGAGAACUGCAGUGAAAGAUUCCAGUACAAAUACCAGCUGAGGUCGCAUAUGAGCAUCCAUAUCGGACAUAAGCAGUUCAUGUGUCAGUGGUGUGGGAAAGACUUCAACAUGAAGCAGUACUUCGAUGAACACAUGAAGACACACACUGGAGAGAAACCAUAUAUCUGUGAAAUCUGUGGAAAGAGCUUCACGAGCCGGCCCAAUAUGAAACGGCACCGCCGCACUCACACUGGUGAGAAACCGUAUCCCUGUGACAUCUGCGGACAGCGUUUCCGCUUCUCCAACAUGCUCAAAGCCCACAAGGAGAAGUGCUUCCAGGUCAGCAACCCCGUGGUAUCUGAUGCCACCAACCUUGUGGCCCUGGAGCCCAAGUCAACUGAUAUGGACACACCAGCAAACCAGUUCCCCAGCCACCCCAAUACCCCUCCCAGUGAGGCGUCCGGUCUCCACCAGGUCAAAUCGCUCGCACUACCCUUCGUUCACUCCAUCGUAGGUCUUCCAUCUCCCCCGGAUCUGUUUUCCACUGAAAGGGUUAACUCUGGUAACAACUAGUUUUGAAUACAAGGUUGAAGUUCCUUUGAUUGUUUAUUGUCUGGAACCCAAAAGCUUGCAUUAGCUCCUCACGAGCUUUUUGAUUCACAUCCAAUGUGAAUCCCUCUCAUGGGGGUUUCCAAACAUGCCGAGUGAGGUCUAAGACUUCCAGCGGGUGUUUGAACAGUGUGUGACACUGAUUAAUUCUUUAAAACUGUGCACAUUUUCACUUAUCCUGUUCUCAUAGAGAUAUUUUAUAUACUGUUCAAAUAAGCUUCUCGAAUUUAAGAAAGAAAACAAAUGUUCUCAUUAUUUUUGUUUACUGCAUUUUUGCGAGCUGCAGGAUUAGCAUUUAGCAUCGCAUUUCUGCAUUUCACACACUCUUGCCAUGGACUUUAACACUUUGUUGGUUCAGUCAAACCAGUUGAGAUUCCCAUAAGCUGCCAUACGAGAUAUAGACACAGACUGAACUUGCUGUGGGACAUGAGCAUUGCAAAGUUUUGGAACAGCUCUUCAGCCAAUAAACAUGUAGUAGUCCCACUGCCAUAACCAAAUCCAGAUGUAUUCCAGUAACCAAAUUCUGUUGGCUUAUAUGUUAUUACUGAAUAUGAAAUGUAUAAUCACUCCAGCACCUUAUUUUUAAUUGUAGAUUUAUAUUGUACUGUCUUUGUAUCCUGAAAGUUUCAAGUUUUGUCACAAUGGGCUUCUCUGCGUAUUUGCAGAGGUUUGUUUUUAGAGGCGUCUGUGCAGGCCACAGGUGCGACCGGUGGAUUGUGUUAAAGGUUAUAUGUAGCAGAGGCACUUGAGAAUAAUUGAUAUUUGUCACUUAGAUGAAUGAUUCACCCAAAAAUAAAAAUUUGCAAAAAAAAAAAAAGUUCAUACAAGAUUUAGACAAGUUUGUUUCUUCUUCUCAACAGAUGU